AUGCAAACAUUCAUUGAUGAUGUCAACGAAGACUCGGACGUCUUUAGUUUUGACUCUGGUAUUGAAACAAAGGUUAGUAUGAGCUCUGUGUCAGAAGCCACCACAGGGGCUGCCUCGAGCCUUGCUUCAUCCUCCACCAAGCACCAUGGGACGUCUGGCGACCCAUGCUGGGACGCCAUACGUCGUGUUCAAUUAGAAUCCACCACCGUCAGCCUCCAAGACCUCCGGUUUAUCCAGAGGCUCGGGAGCGGCGACAUAGGCAGCGUGUACCUCGUGGAGCUAAAAGGAGCCAGUGGGUGCAGUUUUGCUGCUAAGGUGAUGGACAAGGAAGAGCUGUUGUAUAGGAGCAAAGAAACUAGGGAAAAGAUAGAGAGGGAAGUGUUGGAAAUGUUGGACCACCCUUUUUUGCCCACCCUUUAUGCCACCUUAGAUUCUGCUAAGUGGUCUUGUUUGUUGACUGAGUUCUGUCCCGGUGGCGACCUCCAUGUUCACCGGCAACGGCAGCCAGAAAGGAGAUUUGAUGAAACUGCCGUCCG